AUGGAACAGCCCGAACCGUCGACACCUACCGAUAUACCGACUGUUGUUCCCCAUAUUUCUGCCGACCCUCCUACCCAUUCUAGUGCAGCCAGGUCGAGUCAGAACAAUAGUAACCAUACUUCUAACUCCGUACCCUCACUACGAUUCCCCCGGCCCCUAGGUAACCGGCAACUUACCAACUGGAUAUCAUCUAGUUCGCCCGAUAUUAUGCAGCCGGAAAACUUCCCUGAUGAUGACCCCACCCUGGCCGAGCUAGGCUACGACGUCAUCGGUACCGAUGGCGAGAGCCAGGCCGAGUCUACUGCCAGUUCCCUAGAUUACCAAAGGACCGAUGACGUUCAGAGCCUCGUCGGCACCGAUAUCGGUACCGACGUUGACGCCAACGAAGUCGAUACUGAUUCUUCCGACGACGAAGAGGGGGAAGAGGAGGCUACUACACUAAAUGAAGCCCCCGCAAUCAGCACAGUCAUUGAUACCGUCGUCGAAUACGCCGUUGAAUCCGACGAGGAAGAUGCCGAUGUAGAAACACUGGCAAAUCAGAGCCUCGAGCAUCCUACAGACUUCUCCCAGCAUGGUAUCCUAAGUCUACCACGUCGAGCAGAGAUUGACCAAAGCCAGGCCCGGGAAGCCCUUGCGGAAAUCCACAAGUUACCUUCUCAAGAGAUGGUACUGGGCAAAGAAAACGGUGCGCGUCUAUUUCCUCCUGAACGUGAGGACCCGGAAGACUAUGUCCCAGAAGUCUUUCGUGCUGCACUGAGGUUUGUCCAAGGGAAUUACCGUGUCUUGACUGCCCUCUCUGGAUUUGUUGUUUUCUAUACCCUGGUCAUAACUGGAAAAUACUUCCUGUUCGGUCCGCCGACCCCGAAAGUCCUAUCCACCGUCCCGAUAGCCUCGAUUUCCCCCACGGCCAUUCCCUCCCCCUUUGGGAACCCCAUAUCAACUUCUGUAUCCACGCCAACUUUGACUAGUACGCAAAUCCAAAAGGCGUUGCAGACGAGUACUUCACCAAGCGGCCUCGUCUUCACAACAUUCGGGAAAGAUAAGGACGGUGCCAACCGAUCUCAACAAAAGACCAUCUGUUUGGCAGAGCUUCAUGGUCGAAACGAGAUCAUAGUAAAAAUCCCCCAGACCGUGAAGUCUUCCUGGCUCGCAAAAGACGCCAUAUUAAUUGCCGUGAGUCGUGGUUUAUACGAUAUCCCGACCAAGGUAACCUCUGUAGACGAGGGUUUCUUGAUCCAGAUACCUUUAGAGGAGGCCUGCAAUGUCUUAGUCGUAUCUAUUGCCACAACCUCGAAGCCUAAGGUUAAGGAGACCUUUCACAUCGAUUUCGGCAGAAACAAGUUCACUGACGCGCUCGGUGCUGGAAAGCAGCUGGUCAAGGACUUCGCGCAGAAAUUUGUCGACACCGUCAACGAGACAACGGCGUGGGUUGAAGAGACUUACAUGCCGGCUCUAGAUGUCAUGUCGAAACAAGUCUGUAGCCAAACAUCGUCUGUCACAGAUGUCUUGCUGCAGGGGUUCAAAGAUAUUGUCAAUGCUGUCUUCGGUAUUCCUUCUCAUCUCGUGUCCCAGGUUAUCACUCAAAUCAAAGAGUCUUUCCACGAUGACGAUCUGGCACGACGCCAGCACCAAGUACAGCUAGAGCUCAUGAGAGGGGCACGCGACCUCCGCGAUGAAGUUGCGUUACGUUACCUUUCCGCGCAGCUCAGAUCUAAGCUUUGGUGGCUUCGACUGCGGGGGAAGACGGACGCAUACCAACGCUAUCUCUCGAAGGCGGAAGCUUACCUAAAAGAGAGGACCGUGAAUGUCAAAGCAGCCAGCCGGGAAAGAGCCGAAUAUGUCAGAAAGCAGAUACAGUCACGGCGAAAGAACGGACAUGGCGAGACGAGAGGUUCUUUCUGGAAUAAGCGCACCAGAGGCCCCCAGGCUUAA